CGGCUCAGCUGUUGCCGCUUUGUUCUCGUGCUCUCGCUGGCCGCCCACAGCCGGUGAGCGGCAGCGGCAGCGGCGACGGCGGCGGCCUGUCCGAGUCAGUGCCACCAGCCCUCAGCUGCCGCUGGGUCCAGGCUGCGGCCCUCACAUCCUGCCGUGAUCCCAUCAUAGGAGGCUCCGGCUCGAAGAUGUCCAGCCGAGCCGUCUGCCGAGAGGCCAGUCACGCCGGGAGUUGGUACACGGCGUCAGGACCUCAACUCAAUGCACAACUAGAUAGCUGGCUUGCCCAAGCACAAUCCACUGGGAGACCGGCUAGAGCUAUUAUUGCACCUCACGCAGGGUACACGUACUGUGGAUCUUGUGCUGCUCAUGCUUAUAAACAAGUGGAUCCAUCCAUCACACGCAGAGUUUUUAUCUUGGGACCAUCGCACCAUGCACCUCUAUCUCGCUGUGCUCUAUCCACUGCAGAUAUUUAUAGAACGCCUUUGUACGAUCUACGCAUCGAUCAAAAGAUUUACGGAGAGCUGUGGAAGACGGGAAUGUUUGAGCGAAUGACGAUUCAGAUAGACGAAGACGAACACAGUAUUGAAAUGCAUUUGCCUUACACAGCUAAAACCAUGGAAAGCCAAAAAGAUGAGUUAACCAUUGUUCCUGUUUUGGUUGGAGCAUUGAGUGAUUCCAAAGAACAGAUGUACGGGGAGCUCUUUAGUAAAUACCUUGCAGAUCCUCUAAAUCUCUUUGUGAUUUCAUCAGAUUUCUGUCACUGGGGGCAACGUUUUCGAUUCACACAUUACGACGAGAGUCAAGGAGAGAUCUACAGGUCAAUUCAGCACUUGGAUAAAAUGGGUAUGGAUAUUAUAGAGCAACUAGAUGCUGUAUCGUUUAACAACUAUUUGAAGAAAUACCACAACACUAUCUGUGGUCGUCAUCCCAUUGGGGUUCUGCUCAAUGCAGUGACAGAAUUGAGGAAGAGUGGGAUGAACAUGGCUUUCUCGUUCCUGAACUACUCUCAAUCAAGUCAAUGCAAAAACUGGGACGAUAGUUCCGUUAGCUAUGCUGCGGGUACUCUGAUGGUUCACUGAAUCACUGCUGCUUAGGAAAGCCACUGCAUUCUCCGUCUCCUGAUCCCAGCCUUCCUCCAUCGGAUGUUGAACAUUUGAACUCUUUCUUCCCUGAGGUGUAGUCCCUCAUAGUUUUGAUUGACAUGUGCUUUAUGUUUUUCUUUCCUUUUUAGACUGGUGAGGUACAGGAUGACGUAAACUAGCAAUUAAAUUGGCCAUAGCUGGCAGUAUAAAACAAUAGAUGUGUACUUGCUUACAGAUAGUUCGGCAGGAUGUCAGUGAGAGUGUACCAUUUAUAUCCAAGUCAGUUGCAUUUAUAAUCUUACACCAUAGUUACUCAAUAUAAGCUGCAGUGCAAACAGCUGCUGCCAACAUUGUAUAAGGUUAUUUUUUUGUUUAGUUGCUAAUAAAGGGCUACACACACCAAAAUGGUCUUAUGAUUUAGAUUUCCUGCAAUCUGAAGUGUAAUCUGAAUUGUCACUAACUGUAGUGUUUUUUAUUACCUAUUUCGAAAAACAAUUAAAGUUUUAUUCUUGAUUA